AUUCUGCCAUAUUUAUUUUUCUGAACAACCUAUAAAGUUUGAAAAAAUAAAUUGUUACUCUGAUAUUAAACAAUUGAUACUAUCUACGAAAUGGAGGAAGCGGAUGAACAGACAAAUGAUGUGGUCGAUUCUAUGGAGACAUCUGAUAAAUUAGACAGUUAUUCAACUAAUAGAGCAUUAGAUGCUUUCCGGUCUAUUUAUGAAACUGCAAUAAUGGAUUUCGAUGCUAAAAGUGCAGAAGAACGUUUCUCAAAGGCUAAUGAUCUAUUACGACCGUUAAUUCCCGAAAGCAUUCGUCAGUUUCUCAUGCGCUCUUUCUUAGUUCAUCCUGAAACGAGCUAUCUAAUGUUUAAGAAAGGCCUUUCUAAACAAGAUUUCAAACAAUACCUUAAUAUUCAGUGUAACAAUAUUCAACCAUAUCAAAAGACAGAUUUCUGCAAUAGCUUUAUUAAAUAUAUCGAACUUCCAAAAAAUUUUGAGGAUAAUGAUAGUUAUGUAACGGCUCUGAUCUCUUUUGGGAAAAGAUUGUCUGAUGCUAUGUUUCUACAUUAUUCCAAUCCUGUCAUUCAAGAAUCAACUGAAAUGAAAAGAAAAAUUGCCCAACAAUCUAGUAAAUAUCGUCGAACUAGUCGCCGUAUAAGAAAUAAAAGAGUUAUCACACCACCUUUGACUUCAUCAUCUCCUUCUGUGAAAAGAAAAGGCUUAUCUAAAGGACAGUGCCUUUCUCUGAUGAAUUUGCAAUUAAAAAUGGUUAUAGAAAAAUUUAAUAUUAAUGAUAAAGCUAGGAAAUCUCGUUUAGAUAUAAAACUUAUUAGAGCUUUUAAUGACUGUCCCCACCUUUUUCAUAUUGACGGAAAAUUCCCAGAAAAUAAAGAACUUGUAUGCAACUCUGCAUCAUUCGCUGUUGCUUUGGACAUGAUCAAUUUAGCUAUAGGAUAUAAAAUUAACUUUAAUGAAACCAUCUUAAUCAGUCCUUCGUAUGAAAGUCAGGAAGAUUUUAUGAAUUUAGGUUUUAUGCAAGAACUAAGGCAAGUCUUGAACGCGAAACAGCAAAUUUUUUUCACAAGUACAAAGAGCCAAAUAUUCGACCCAAACUCUGACAGCGAAAAUAUCACUGAAGAGCAGUUGGAAGACAGGUAUCAAUCUCUGAGAAGCAGUUUUUUUGAUAGUAUUGCAGGCGGCUCGGAGAAAACAAACUUUCGACUCUCAGAAGAUGAACGAAAAUUUCUCCAUCAUUUAUGCUGCAGCCGAAACACAGUCACAGACUUUAUUCGGGCUUGUAACAAACCUCUUUCUAGCCGUCCAAAAAUUCUUAAAGACUCACCAUUCAAAUCAUGCUUAGAUGCUCUCCCUGUGCUUCAAUAUCACGUUUCUCAAAUGAAUCAAAUACUACCCCUAGUCCAAAAUACAGAAGUCACAAGAAAUUUUCUAGGAGUCAAAGACAUUAUUUUACCUCAACAUCAAUUUGAAAUCGACUUAAUAAGCGAAUCCAGUAAGUCUAAAUUGCAGGAAAUAUUAGGGAUGCUCAGUAAAAGGAAACCUAAAAACAUUACAUCUUUAAUAAACAAAACUAUGCAGAAAGUCUUAGAAACUAGUAUAGCUGAGGAUUCAUCGAGGACUGUUCUCAGCUAUCAAUUUGAAAAUACUUUAAUUAAAAAUCGAAAAUAUAUUAUCCGAAACGAUAAAGUUUUUAUAUGUCAUCAUGGUGGUCUCAUUUCUCUAUUAAAUACCUGCUACAUGACAAAAAAAGAACAAAUGGAAGGAAUUUUAAAAGCUCUAAAGAGAAAGGAAAAUUCAUGGUUGUUUAGGCGUUAUCACUUACAACAAUCAUCAGCCAAAUUUGAAAAUGACGAUGCUUUACAAAUUCGAAAUGGAAUAGCCUAUUUUCGGAUAAGAGAUAAAUUUUACUUUUUGGAUAGUAAAGAGAAGAUGAGUAUAAGAAUUCAAUGCGUUUGCUUUCUUAAAGCAAUUAAUGAAGAACAAAAUGAAAGAAUACUGUUUGGACCACAUAAAAUUGAUAUUAUCCAUUCGUCUUCUCCUUACCUCUCAAACGACACUGUGUGCGUACAAAGAAAUAACCAUAUUUAUUUGAAAAGAUCGGACGAUUCUUACUACAUGACAUCUGCUAAUUUAGAAAAUAUUAUGGCCCUAAAGAGAAUUUUUAUCAGAUUAAAAGACAAGAAAUCCAGUUCUAUAUCUUAUCAUAGACUGUCAAAUACACCCACGCAAAGAGCUGAAAAUAUUAUUGUAAAAGAAAAUCAAGUUUACAUGAGAAUAGAGAAAGAUAUUUAUGCCUCAUUGAAGUCAACUAAUCUAAAUGUUGUUGACCAAAAAAGAAAGCUAAAACAGCUUAAGCCAAAUAUUCAACUUGAUUAUUUUGAAAGAGAUUUAAAGGAGGAGAAUAUGCUCAUGGUUAAUAAAAAUCUUGAUAAAGUCAAAACUUUUAAAAACCCAAAAGUUGCCUUGUACACUCCCCAGUCGAAGAAUCAAAAGCCGGAAAAAGAAAGAAACUUCAGUCAGAAAAUUAUUAAAGUAAGCGCAGAGAGGCGAAAGUCUCGAUCCGGUAUAAAGCAUUUAUUGGAUGCUCUUCAAGUUGAUAUGAUGGAUCGUCAGAGUUAUCAUCCAGUCAAUCCAAAAGUACUGAGGGAUCAACUAGAGAGACUAGGGAUACUUUUUAACGAGGAUUUAAAUGCUGUAUUCCAAGAGUUCGCUUUGGAAUCAUCCAACGUUCCUUUACAUAAUUUUAUAAGAGAAGCUGUUAAAUUGGCUGACGAUACUACUUUUUUAAAACAAUUAGACAAAGAUAUGAAAUAUGAAGGCGCGAAAAAGAUGCCAAAAGAACAAAUGAUUAUGAAUAGAAUUAUUCGAAAUGUGCCGCCUAUCGUUCCGGAACAAAAGCUACAAAUUUUGGCAUCUCCAAAAAAUAAAAUAAUAAAUACCAAGAUGUCUAUAGUUGAAAACAGGAAUAGUAAUGAUAUGAAAAGAAAGCAAAUGGAUAAAGAAUCUCCUGUCAAAGUUUUUGUCGUUCCGAGUACUUCAUCUGAUAUACUACAUAAACCAAAAAUAACUAUUCAAGCCCCUAUUGGUAUGACCAACGUCAUUAACAAACCGAUAAUUCGUACAAGCUUUGAAAAGAAUACAACACCUUUAUCUCCUGCAAAUUCCCAAAUUCGUCAACGUUGUAAACCUGUAUCUGGAAUUGGACAACCAAUUAUUAGAUCACCGGCAUCGUAUGUUUUAAAAAUGCCACCUGCUAGUACCAUGCCAAAUCAAAUUAACACACCACCUGAAAUAAAGCAAAGAAAGAGAGGACGACCGGUUAAAAAGGAUCCUGAAACCUGGAAAGAUGCCGCGAUAAAAUUCAUUAACAAUGUAAUUAGAGUGAUAGACACAUCAGAUAAAAGUGAAGGGAUGGUUGCUGAUUUUAACAAGCAGUGUUUAGAAAUUCGAUCGAAUUUACAAGAAGGGACAAUAACUUCUUUGGACAAGUUUCAGACUGAAACUUCAGAGUUAAUUAAGUUGUCAACAAAUUUGAAACAAUCCUCCCGUACUUCAAUAAAUCGCAUUCACAAUCAAUACCAAAACGAAGUCAAACCGUUUGUGCCAUUGCAAAAGUGA